AGGCAGCAGGCUCUACAGGCAGAGAUGGAGAAUCUGUCGUUGCGCUUGUAUCAUAAAGAGCAGCUGUAUGUUGAGUUGAGCAUCAAAUAUGAACAACUGCUGCAGCAGCAGAGUGAUGUCAUGCAGCAGCAUGGAGUGUCUGUGACAGAGGACAGGUCACUGCUGUGUCUGCAGCUGGAGCAGAUGAGCUGUGGUUUACAGCAGCUGCAGGGCUCAGAGACACAGCUGGUGGGCCUGGUGGACGAGCUGCAUCAGGAGGCCCAGCUCAAAGCUCAGCAGUCGGAGGUUCUGGAGAUGAAGCUCUAUGAGGAGGUGCAGUCAAAGUUACAGCUCACAGAAGACUUACAAAUGCAAUUAAACAGUAAAUCACUGGAGCUGGAGGAGCUGCAGAUGUCCCAUGAUGCUUUGCAGCAGGACCUGUGUGACCAGAGCAUCGCCCACCAGAGGACGAUAGAGAACCUGCAGCGAAAGAACACAGAGAGUCUCCACAAACUCCAAGAGACGGCCGGACAGUUUGAGCAAAUGUGUGAGCAGCAGCGCCAGUGGAUGAGCUGUGUGAAGAGGUUUAAAGAGUGUCUGUCAGGUGAGAAGGAGUCCCUGGAGCUGCAGGUGAACAGCUUACAGAUGGAACUGGACGCGGUCAGGAGAACUCUUUGUCCAGAUCAUCUCACAGACACAUGCAGCCGAUGGGAUGUUGAGGAGUCUGAUCUCCAAACUGAGGUCCUCCGAUGGAAAACUCUGUAUGAAGACCUGCUUAACAAAGUCCCCAAACAUCAGGCGCAGCGGUCAGUGGAUGGAAACCUUGAGCCCCCGUGAGAAUCCAAACACAGUCAACAGCUUCAUUGUGACCCGAACAUGAGUCACACACACACACACACACACACACACAACCCCAGAAUAUCAGUUUCU